AUGUCAAACAGUACCAUCCAGUCCACAAACCAUGCUGGUCAUCCGGGCGAGCGCCCGUUGAACAGAUCUUCAAGCCUGCACUCCUCCCCGCCCCAUACCACAGAGCAUCAGCAUCCGCAGCGUGGCCCGUCGACGCUUGACUAUCACCAGGCGCAGGAUUACAACCAGCACCAGCCCACCUCGCUCGCUCUCCACCAGCAGCAGCACCAUGACCCCCAUUCCCUGCGUCUGGAAAGCUUCGACCAGGGCUUCCAGCUUCCGAGUACCCAGGCUCUGGCCUUGUUGCCAAUGCCUGUCGCCUACGAAGACUUCCAAUACGCGCUUCCGGCCAUCGAGCCCGUCGAUCUACCCCUUGGAUCCAGUGAUCUACAGGCCAGCCAUCCCGACUCAGUAUACCAAUCAUAUCCCCACACCAGUGGUUGCGGCGCGUACGCGCAGGAUUACCAGCUCUCGUUCCCCAGCAGCUGGGGCAUCUCCCCAGGGAGUCGAGACCAGCUCCCGUCACCCCACCUCACUCAAGAUCCGAUCCUCAGCAACUUCUUGCACGAUGCACUUGCCAAUCAGCAAUCUAAUCUAUCCGCUUCCAUCCAGGCCCCGCCGCCGCCUCCUGGCCUCAUCGAGUCCAUUAACCCUCCUGCCUCCAAUCAACUAUACUCCAGCCAUUAUUUCCCUUCUUCUUGCGUGUCAUCACACAGUCUGAGCCACUACCCCCCGCCCAACCCGGCCACGCCGCCGCCGCUGUUCGACGCGUCCGAGCAAGACCUACUCUCGUCGUUCCUGAAUAUCCUGGGAGAAUCGAAUGGGGAAUGCGAGUUUGACCCGCAAGGGAUGCCGGAAGGCAUGCCGGUGAUCGGCGAGCUGAAGCGCAGGUUGGAGGGACGCGGGCAGGAGGGGGAGGGCGGGAUGAGCUUCGGGAAGCGGGAGAUGGAGGAUGCGGAGAUGGGUCGGGCGGUAGAGAGUCGGCUGAAGCUGACGGAGCCACCGGAGGAGUACGACGGCCAUCCUCACCUCCGUCGGCCGUCGUUGCAAUCCUUCCAGACCACCUCGGGCUCGCUCUCCAGCUCGUCCGACUCGCAUCUGACCUACCCGGAGCCCGAUGCCCAGCGCCGCAAGAAGUUCAAGCCCUCCAUCGACCCGCUCGUCCAGCCCGGCCAUCUCCCCGAAGUGCCUCUCCACAUCGGAGGCCCGGAGCCCGAGCCGGACGUCGAGAUGCAUUCCUGGACCCGCAUCAAUCCUGAGCCGGCUGUUGGCGAGUGGCCCGGCCACAUCCAGCAGCCCUACCCGCAUCCCGCCCCCCCACCACCACCACUGGAGCAGCACCCUUCGCCCGUCUUCCCAUCCGACGCCACCGGCCCCCAUGAUCCUCCCCCUUCGGGAGAGACGGACCCGACGCGUCGACCGGCGAAGAAGGCCGCCAAGCCGGUCAAAGCGACGCACAUCGUGUCCGAGCAACGGCGCCGGAACGCGAUCCAGGGCGGCUUCGGAAGCCUGGUGGAGAUCCUUCGCGCGGGGGAGUCCCAGUCGGGCAUCUCCAUCGCCACGCCCGACCCGCCUCCGCCCGGCGCCUCAGCCACACCCAUGUCCGCCCAGAACAUCCCCAAGAAGCCCAAGACCCGCGGCCGCGGAAGGAGAGGCGAGAUCGAGACCGGCGCCAGUAAGUCCGUCGUCCUCGAACGCGCAGCCGAGUUCGUCGUCUGGAUGGCCGACGGUAACGCCGCCCUGUCCUCCGAAAUCUCCCGUCUCGAAAACAUCCUCCUCAGCCAUCGCAUCCAGGUCUAG